AUUGCACAUUUCUUCUCCCAAAAAGGCCUAUAAAUACCACCCUCUUUCACCUCAAUCUCCUUAGUUCUAAACCCACUUCACUUCCCUUUCAAAAAAUCAUUUUCUUUUCUCUCUCUCUCUCAAUUUUUUCUCUCCUCUUUUGAGCCAAAAAGGAAGUUUCUAGAGAGAGAAGAGAAGGUUAUUUACAGCAUCAUCAAUGGCCGUUUUUAUGGUGGUUUUUGCUGUGAUUUUCAGCUUGUUUUGUUUCUCUUCUGCUUUGUUAAGAUGGAAUGAACUUAGAUAUAGGAAGAAAGGAUUGCCACCUGGAACUAUGGGUUGGCCUAUCUUUGGUGAAACUACUGAGUUCCUUAAACAAGGCCCUAACUUCAUUAAGAACCAAAGAUCAAGAUAUGGGAAUUUUUUCAAGUCCCAUAUAUUGGGGUGUCCAACAAUAGUGUCAAUGGAUGCAGAACUAAACAGGUUCAUACUAAUGAAUGAAUCAAAAGGGUUAGUACCAGGGUACCCACAGUCUAUGUUAGACAUUCUUGGAAAAUGUAACAUUGCUGCUGUUCAUGGCUCCACUCACAAGUACAUGAGGGGUGCCCUUCUUUCUUUGGUCAGUCCCACCAUGAUUAGAGAUCAUAUUCUCCCCAAAGUUGAUCAGUUUAUGAGAUCCCAUCUCUCCAAUUGGCAAAAUCAUGUCAUUGACAUCCAACAAAAGACUAAGGAGAUGGCUUUCCUGUCUUCCUUAAAGCAAAUUGCUGGUAUUGAAUCAAGCUCAACUGCCCAACUAUUUAUGUCUGAAUUCUUCAAGCUUGUUGAAGGGACACUUUCUCUCCCUAUUGACCUCCCUGGCACAAAUUACCGCAGGGGUUUUCAGGCAAGGAAGGUGAUAGUGAAUAUAUUGACACAACUUAUAAAAGAAAGAAGAGCAUCAAAAACAAAAGAUGUUGAUAUUUUAAAUUGUCUAUUAAAAGAAGAGGAGAACAAAUAUAAACUAAGUGAUGAAGAGAUCAUUGAUCUCAUCAUUACUCUUGCUUAUUCUGGUUAUGAAACUGUCUCAACUACUUCAAUGAUGGCUGUCAAGUACCUUCAUGAUCACCCCCAUGUUCUAGAAGAGCUCAGAAAAGAGCAUUUGGCAAUCAGAGCAAAAAAGAAGCCGGAGGAUCCUAUUAACUGGGAAGAUUACAAGGCUAUGAAGUUUACUAGAGCUGUGAUAUUUGAGACAUCAAGAUUAGCCACAAUUGUUAAUGGGGUGUUGAGAAAAACAACUAAAGAGAUGGAAAUAAAUGGUUUCGUGAUUCCGGAAGGUUGGAGAAUAUAUGUAUAUACAAGAGAAGUAAAUUAUGAUCCGUAUUUGUACCCGGAUCCACUCGUCUUCAACCCAUGGAGAUGGCUGGAUAGGAGCUUGGAAUCGAAGAAUUAUUUUCUUAUAUUUGGAGGUGGGACGAGGCAGUGCCCUGGCAAGGAAUUAGGAAUUGCUGAAAUUUCUACAUUCCUUCAUUAUUUUGUAACUAGAUACAGAUGGCAGGAAGAAGAGGGUAAUAAGCUGGUAAAGUUUCCUAGAGUGGAGGCACCAAAUGGAUUACGCAUUCGAGUUUCGAGUUAUUAGGACAAAUAUUAGACUCCAUUCAACUGAUUGUAGUGUACAGAGGUAGCACAGACGGAUGAAAUUAGGGAUUUUUUGUACAAUAAUUCUCCCUAACAUCUAACACACUUGUAUAAUUUAUAUUUUAUUGAAAUAUAACAUUCAUUUUACGAGGCC